AUGGUUAUGGAAUUCAAAGCAUUCAGAGGACAACACGAUGGUAGUGUUAAGGAGUCUGUCGGACGCGUAGAUGACAUCGGAGACAACGAUGUUCUUAUCAAAUUGACCCACGCAGGUCUUUGCUUCACGGACGUACACCAUAUUGAAUUAGGCAACGCAUUGGGACAUGAGCCAACUGGUAACAUUGUUGAAACAGGCAAAGAUGUUCGCCACUUGAAGGUCGGCGACAUGGUCGGAUAUGGGUACAACCACGGCUCUUGCGAUGACUGCGAUGAAUGUCGCCUUGGUAAUGAUACCCUCUGCAAUGACAGAAAACUUUACGGUCAAGUAGACCUCGAUUUCGGCGGUUUUGGGGAAUACGCCAAGCUUAACGAGAGAUUCGUACACAAGAUCCCAGAAGGAAUGGCACCAGAACAUGCAGCACCAUUGCAAUGUGCUGGUGCUACCGUCUUUGCGCCAUUCUUAAAGCAUGACAUCAAGCCAAUCCACCGCGUUGGUGUUAUUGGUAUUGGUGGUCUUGGUCACUUGGCCUUGCAGGUUGCAAACAAGUGGGGUUGUUCUGUUGGUGCUUUCACUACCUCCGAGAACAAAGUCGCGGAGGCAAAAUCAUUUGGUGCACACGACGUCAUCGUUACGAAGCGCGCAGAUGGAAAAUCAUUCGUCCCAGAGAAAGAGGAGGAGAAGUUCGACUUUAUCUUCUGCUCCGUCAGCUCACAACUCUCAAGUCCCUUGGGACGACUACUCGACUGUCUCAAGGCUAGAGGUACGAUCAUCCCACUUGGUGUAGAUUUUGGCAAGUUUGAGACCAACAGAUAUUUCUCUCUCCUCGCUAGAGAGAACAAGGUCGUGACUGCCUCAGACCACGCGAGAGAACAAGGUCGUGGAAGUUUAGUGGCCACCAGAUAUGAGCACCAGAAGAUGCUUGAAUUCUGCGCUAGACACGACAUCAAGCCUGCUGUCGAGGUUCUUGAUCUUAAUGAGAAAAACCUCAACAUUGCCUUUGAAAGGCUGCAAAAGAACGAUGUUCGUUACAGAUUCGUGCUCAAGCACCAGGAGUAG